ACCCCCUACACACAUUCCUUUCUGCCUUUUACCAUCCCCCCCCAAUCCCCAUCUUCAUCUUGAUCUCCUCCCUCCACCUUAAUCUGGACCUCUGCGCACACAACCCACCCAAUCUUGAUCUGGAUCUCUUCCUGCAAACUUCCACACCCCCAUCCCCUCCAAAUUAGCUCAAUCUGUCUUUGUCCAUGUGAACUCCUCAUAAGUGGAGGGCUCUUCAUUAUGUUAGGUUUGGAUAAGUUGGUGGUUGGUGCUUCCCAACGUUUGUGACGGCAACCUGUUGCUGUGAAUUAGGAGUCAGGGGUUCAGCCCCUCUGCUAUCAGUGUGAUUCUGCAGUCUGCUUUUCAUCUAAAGAAAUUCCUUCAUCGCCAUCUUAAAUGGGACAGAAGCCCAUCUAUGCCAUGAAUCAUGGUUCAUGUCCUCUUGACUGCAAGGUGUACGUUGGAAACCUUGGAAACAAUGGAAAUAAGACAGAGCUUGAGAGAUCAUUUGGAUAUUAUGGCCCACUCCGCAGUGUGUGGGUUGCCCGGAAUCCACCUGGGUUUGCAUUUGUUGAGUUUGAAGAUCCGCGAGAUGCUUCGGAUGCAGUCAGAGAACUUGAUGGAAGGAAUCUCUGUGGCUGCCGUGUCCGUGUAGAACUGUCCAAUGGUGAGAGACGCAUCCGUAAUCGUGGCCCACCUCCAGCAUGGGCUAGGCGUUCUCGUGAGGAUUAUCGCCGUAGAAGCCCCCCUGUCCGGCGCAGAUCACCACCUCGCCGGAGGAGCUUCAGCAGAAGUAGGAGCAGGUCCCUCUCGAGGGAUCGUAGGAGAGAGAGGUCCUUGUCCAGGGAGAGGAACCACAAACAAUCUCGUUCGUUCUCCAGGUCUCGCAGCCGCUCCAGGUCAAACGAUAGGAAGUAAAUCUGAAGCAUAGUGGCCUUUGUGAAGAUCCAUGUACAGACUUCUCGGAGUUGUUAAGAAUGUGAUUUGCAUUUGUUUCAUUGACUCUACAUGUAGUCCAUUGCAUUUUUUACCCUAUUUUAGCUGUUCAUUGUCUUUCUUUUCAUGUAUUCUAUAAUGUAACCAGUGAUGAGAUUUUCAGAUGCAGAAGUUGUCAAACUUGUGAAUUAUGGGCAGAGUCAAGGUUUUUAUAAAGGUAGGAUUGUAUUGUGGGCAGACCAUUGAUUGCUUACCUACUACUUUAUCCAUCGAUGGGUUAAUUCUCUUCUCUUUUCUUGAUUCCACAAGCUUGCCCGUCUCCAGCAGAUCCGAUGGGAUCAAUAUACCCCCUCUAAGCAGACCAGCAGUUUUAGUUUACUUUUUGAUUAUUGGCAGAUAACACUCUGCGUCUUCAGACUUGUUAACGCAACUUCAUGGUGUUGUGCUGUUUAACUUGUAACAUGUCAUCUGGGGUUAUGUACUGAGUGUUUUGUAUUUACUGGUUUUUCAUGUGUUUCCUAAUAUACCUGCAAACAACUAAAUUUUUGCCUUGCUACUUGUAAAUCCUGCACUUGUUAGUUUGUGGUAUUUGGUUUUGUGCAGUGCUUUGGGAUAUUGCUGGAACAGAAAUAUGUAAUGAGCACAUUAGAGUAUUUAAAAUAGUCUAUUGUGUUUGAGAAAUGUGUUCUGAUAUUCAGUAGAAGUACAGUCUUGCAGGCUUUAAAAUGAUACAUGGCUUGCUGACUCUUCGCAUGAUUGGAGAAGAAUUACAUUGAGGCAUUUAGGAAACUGAUGAUUCUUGCAACCAGUUUAUUAACUUUGCCUGCAUGAAUAUCUCAGAUACUGUCUGUAGCUUAAAGUUACUGAUUAAUUUGCGACAUCAGACGUGCUAUGUAGAUCUGGUUAGCUUUGAGUUGUGUGCUCAUGCCCAUGAGACUUUUGAGCUGCUGUCUCUUGUGCUGGAAAUGCUUUCUGUUGAGUCCUUUUUUCAUCAGUUACUACAUUGUACAUAUUGUAUGUGGCUUGCUGCCAUGCCCUGACUAUCUUGUUCAUUGAUAUAAUGAGGAGAAGCUGGAGUGAUACAAUAUUGUCUCUUGUGAACCUGUUCCUGCCUUCACACUGCACCAUUCAUGUGCUAUUUUGUGACUUCCUUGGAAAUAAACUUUGGUUACACAACA